AUGCGCUGGGAUUCUUCAACAGACGAACUGUCAUUUCCACAAAGACUGAAGGCAGCGUCGAAUAUCUCUCUUCUAACGAAACGUGUGAUCCUUCAAGAAUCAUCCUCCAUUUAUGAUCCACUUGGAUUACUUAGCCCGAUCACCGUGACAGGCAAGAUGUUGAUACAGUCGCUAUGGAAACGUAAAUUUGAGUGGGACGAACCGUUGCCAGAUGACAUCAUUACAGAGUGGUGUAAGAUCAGAGAAGAUACCGCGAAAGCUACCGAAACCAAGUUUAGCAGACAAUACUUUCAAGGCACAACACCCAGGAAAGUAACUCUUCAUGUCUUCUGCGAUGCCAGCACCAAAGCUUAUGGCUCAUGCGCAUACCUUGUUUCCGGUUGUCACAGCACUCUCGUCAUGGCGAAGAAUAAAGUAACUCCCAUUAAACAACUUACCGUGCCGAAACUUGAACUGUGUGCAGCACUUAUAGGCGCUAAACUUUGUCAACACAUAACAUCAACCAUACAAUGUGAAAAGGUAUACUUAUGGAGCGACAGCCAGAUCGUACUGAAGUGGAUUACCACAGCCACAAUUCGUAACCAGACGUGUAACAGAAAUACAUGA